CACAAUCACUGCUGACUGUAGUUUCCUGUCCAAUAGCUGCAGUACAGAAGUCUGAGGCAAGUAUAGUGGGGAGUAAAGAGAGAGGAGAGACCGACACAUCGGAUACUGCUGCUCAUUUUAAGAGUUUAAACAAGUUUGGGACAGUGGUGUAGCCUACUUGUACUUCGUUUGCAGAAACGCAACAGAAAUCGAGUCAGCCCUGCACUGCAGACAAAGCGAGCUGCCUGCAGAGACACACAAAACUUCCCAACAUCUGGUCUGCUGGAGGACGGGGCGAGCCGGAGAGAGAAACUUUGGAGGCGGAGAGAAUCUAUCUUCGCUGGAGAAAAAUGCAUUGAAUUGGGAGUUUGGGGGGGAACCUACAUGAGCCGAAACGAGAUUUGGUGGUCGUGUAAGGUGUCAAGAGUGGAGGGAAAGAGGACGGGAAAGGUCUCGGAGGGCGAGAAGUCCACCUGGAGCGGUCAGAGAAUGAAUUAGCCGAAGGUUUGGCUGCACCGCGUUCCAGCCAGAGAGAAGGCUCACUCCUUGGCCCCUCCACCUCCUCCCACAAGAGCCAGGCCUACGCCCAUGGAUGAGGAGAGGAGUGCCCCUGCCAUCUCCCCAGAGCCACCUGAUGAGGUGGACCCCAGUGUACCAACUCCACAACCCAGUUCACACGCAACUUUGACCGCAGAGAGCACAAAGAGCUGUCCGAACCCAAAGCCCUGUCCUAGUCCAGAUGUGGCCCACACCUAUACUGAGCCCCUCAUAUUGAGGUUAAAUGGCACCCCAGAAAGGAUACAAGGCGAUGGUGAAGACAAGUGGAGCAGCAGCGUCUCACACUCAGAGCUUACAACACCCAGCAAGAGUAUCACAUCUCAACCAGCAGCCAGAUCCACACCCAUCCACCACACCCAGCCAUGUCGGACACAGCCCAGCAGCCAACUACGCAACGGAGCCAAGCACCACGCACACACACACUCCCCUCACACGCACUGUCCGCAUCACACACACGCCCUCCAGUCCAACGGGGUCAGGAACGGGGGCCCUCAUGGGCAUCCUAAGCUGGGCUCGCUCCCGAGAGGUGGAUCAUCCACCUCCUCGUCCUCUUCAGCAGGACCCAAACAGACCAAGAAAUUGCAGUCCAAUCCCUCCAUCACCUCCCAGAGCAGCAAGAGGAGCAAGAGCAGCUCCAAGAGUAACAGCUCUCAGAUUCCUACAGAGGCACAGGAUGACUGCUGUGUUCACUGUAUUCUGGCCUGCCUAUUUUGUGAGUUCCUAACUCUGUGUAACAUCGUGCUGGACUGUGCCACCUGCGGCUCCUGCGCGGGGGACGACUCGUGUUUCUGCUGCUGCUGUGCGUCGGAGGAGUGUGGCGACUGUGACCUGCCCUGUGACAUGGACUGUGGCAUCAUCGACGCCUGCUGUGAGUCUGCAGACUGCCUGGAGAUUUGCAUGGAGUGCUGCAGCCUUUGCUUCUCCUCCUGAGGGCCCCGGCCACCACCACCAAAGUAGAUGUCUGCUACACACUCCCACAGGCCUAGGAACAACUUUGACCAGUGUAUUAUUAGGGCUGAGAAGCGCUACACCUUUGUCUUUGUUGCCUGGGCUCUAUGGUUUACACUAUAUUGGCUGGCGUAGUUGGCUCCACUAUAUGUCCAUUGUUUCUUACAAGGUUUGCCAAGAAAAAGAUGCUGCGAACAGUCACUGGUGAAUUCUUCCUCCUCCUUUAUUGAUCCAACGAUGGGACAGUAGCUUUCCUGCCUUGUCUUUGCUGUUGGUCCAUUGCUACACAGCUGGAUGUAUGGUGCAGAGUGAGUUCCAGCUGUGGUCCACGAGUGUCUGUCUGCCAGGCUGUGCAGAUCAGUCCUCUGGACCCGCACAGUCCAAGCUAUUACUACAAUGGAGCCCCUUGUGCCAUCUAAAUAACUGGAGUUCUCCAAGCAUGAAAAAUGACCUCCAAAGGCAAAUGAGAAAAUGGCUCCAUUUAACCGGAUUUUAGUGUUUCUGUAGAUAAGAGCAGCAGCAUAAUGGGAAAAUGGACGCUCAGAUCUUAGUAGAAAUGUAGUGUCCUCCUGUCCUUGGCAAGGUUAAAGUCUUCCAGUUUGAUACAGUGGCCUUUGUGACACACACACACACACACACACACACACACACACACACACACACACACACACACACACACACACACACACACACACACACACACACACACACACACACACACACACACACACACACACAAUAGAGAAAACAUUAAUGGUGGCUUGUGGCAAUAUUACAGACAAAUUUCUUUUGUUAAUAUGCAUCUCACUUAUCGGAUUUAUUCAGAGAAGAAUCAUGAGAGCGUCGUGCAUCAGCCUGAAGAUGGGUCCAUUAAAUGAGUACUGUAAGUGAUGGACAUCAGAGCGAAUGGUUGACAGCAUCGGCCAUGGACACAUUCUCUACUCUAAACAUGUGAAGGGAGAGAUUUCUUAAUCAAAAGGUCUCUCCUCGUGUAAUGUUUCACAUCUUGUUUACUUUUACAUUGUUUUUUUAUGAGGGGCUUCGUCUGUAUUCAGUGAAUUCCUCCUCGUCUGAAUGGUCAGAGCUUGUAAAGGACUGGUGGAGGAUUGGAAUGCAUCAUCUCUUUUUUAAUAUGUUUCAUUAUUCUUUGUCGUUCUUGCGAUGUGAACAAAUGGCCUUGGCUUAGCUUCAGGCCUGAAUUUUCAUGUAGAUUCCUCGCCUUUACCAAAUCUCUAUUAAUCCUUGUUUUGUAGAUUUUAGUUAAGAUAUUUGCAUUUCUCCUCUAAUGUGAAAAUCACAUUUCUGUGUAAUGGGGUUUUGCCGGGCUCUCUGUAAAGCAGUUAUGCUCAACAUCUAAUUUAAUUCCUUGAGUGAAAAUCUCACGACAUUAUGCUAAGUUAGAUCCAUAUGCUCGUAGUAUGAAUGGUACGCUUUUGAUAACAUUCUGGUAUGCUCAGAUGCAUACCUUCUCCAACCCAAUACCUCUUGAAAUGUACCCUAGAUCUGUUGUGCAUUUUAAAAUGACUUGAUACAAAUCUCUCUCCUCUCUGAUCAAAUACUGUUUGUGCAAUCCUUUUUUCUAGGAAAUACCAAAGAGUUUUCCUUUUACUGGACCUUAGUUUCGAGACCUAAAAUUACUUGUACAUUGAAUGGCCUUUGCUAUGCUAAUGUGGCUGUGGUUUAUUAAACCCUAUUUUAAGGGCUGAAAUAUAACACUGUUGAUUAAGAAUAUACACUAAGGCUGUAAAUCAACCUGAUAACUCAUCAUGUCUGUUUAUAUAUCAGAAUGAAUGGGUUUUACAUUUUGACAUGUUCCAACUCAACUGAGACAAAAUCCUGGAGAGCCCUGGAAAACAAUGUAAUUUCUUUACAGUACAAAGUGAUUUAUGAAGGGAGAACUGGAUCAUGUGUAUUAGACAUGAUAACAAUUUUAUUUUGUUUGGAUUUACAACAUAUUCCAAGUGCAGAUUCUGACAAUGUUGCUUUCAUCUAGGGACAUGUUCUCUAUCACCAGACCAUCCUUGUCACAAAAAGAAUAGGGGUGGACCGUAAUAAAUAUCUGGGGGGUGUGAAAGGCUAACCCAUACGAGUUUGAAACCAAAAUAAAAAUACUGGUUUGUUAACAACAUAGGUCAAUCAUUACAAAUAAUAAAAAAGAACCUAAAAAUUUAAGUUAGCUUCACAGUCAACAAGCUAAUGUUAGCAUAACUUGGCCUCCACUGUUGACAAUGUUUAGCCCGCAGUGUAAAAAUAAACAGUUAACACUGUUAAGGCGAGCAGGAAUAUGAAUACAUAUUGACAUUUUUCAGCUAAAACCCUCCCAAAUGACAUGUUGUUACCUAUCAUUUAUGACUGUGCAUAACCACAGCAUCACUCACACUAGCUAGUUUCAAGAUUCUUACUCAGCUGCAGCUUCUCACUAAUGUUGCUUUCCAUUAUGUUGAAUUGAUUUUAAGUUUGCUCAAAUUCCUGUUUCCAGCACAUAUGUAACUGGAGGAAUAAAGUCAACAAAACCUUACCUGUGACAGACA